UUUGUUUCUCAAGAAUAUUCUAACUGUGAGUUGUUGUAUUUUUUAGCAACAUAAACAAUGGCCAUUCAGAAGUUUUCAUAUUUUCUCUUACUUUUGUUGAUGGUGUUUGCUCUCAUCCUUCCAUCCAUAAUUUCAGUCGAAGUCAUACCAUGUAUACCGGGAUCAAAAUGUACAAACGAUAUGACAUGCAACGAACUUUGUAGAUUUAAAGGAUUCAACAAAGGAGGGUUUUGUCAAAAAUAUGUUCACAAAACAACCGGCCAAUGUUGCUGCCAUCCUGGUUUCGAAUCUCAAGAGUAUUCCACAACCGGUGAUACCAAUGUAGUCAUUACUAAUUAA